UCUUUAUUGACUUUUUACCAGGUUCAUGUGAAUAUCACCUGCACCUGUUUGUAGCAGGGAGAGCGAUGGAGAAAGAUCAUUCACUGCCACCCCUCUCUCCCAUCCAGUCCCCAGGCACUCCCUGCAAAAACCUCUCACUUUCUCCCUCACUGCCUCAUUCUUCUGCCACUGUACCCUCGUCUCCUCCUCUGUCCCCUUCCUCUUUCUCCCUCCCUCGCUCACACUCGUCCCCCUCCUGUCCCACACCUUCUCAGCCCUUUGAUGAGCUCACCUCACACUGCCUCGGGUCACCUCUCCUAUCUGACCAAGACGACCUGACCUGUCUAAGCUGGCUUCACCAGAGACGGAACCUUCUCCCCAUGCAACCUCUGCUCAAGAACUCCUCACUGGCCUACGUAGAACCUCGGGACCUCGUCCCUCCCCCACCGGGUCCCCGUGCCCUCGGCAAGCCCCCAUACUCGUUCAGCAGCCUCAUAUUCAUGGCAAUAGAGGAUUCGGCGGAGAAACAGCUGCCGGUGAAGGAUAUCUAUGAGUGGAUCGUCAACUCUUUCCCCUACUACAGGGCUGCCCCAGGCGGAUGGAGGAAUUCAGUUCGCCACAAUCUGUCUCUGAGUAAGAGCUUCCGCCGCAUCAGCAGAGAGAAGUGUAAGUCUGGUGGAAAGGGCUCACUCUGGUGUGUGUGCCCAGAGUAUCGACCUGCUCUUUUAGAGGUGCUGAAGAAAACACACUAUUGCCACAGUACCAAUGUCAAUCUGCUUAACAAUCCUGUAUUGCAGGAGGCAACUGAUUAUGGGUCACCAGUCAUGUGUGAAACAGUCGAAAUGUCAGAUGACCUUUCCUCCAGUGCGCCCUGCUCCAUGACCCCUGACCAUGAGGAGCUGGUUGCUAUAGAGUCUGUGACACUUCAUGAGGAGGCUGAAAAGGAGGGAGAGAAAGACCCGCUUGCUGACAGUGGCUACAUCGAGCUCCAUUAUUACCAGUUUAACCAGUACGAGUACCUAGUGCUUCCUGGAAACGCAGAGCUGGAUCUGGAGACGGUAGAGAUACUACAGCUGGACGCAGAGGCCCAGGAAGCUGCUGGUUCACUCCUUGACCUUGCAGGGGGUGGACACUCUGGGUAAUUAACAUACGAGGUCAAGCAACUACAGUUACUAAACACACUCAACAGAGACUGAUGCAAACUGGUGUGACUUGACAAUGUUACAUGCUGACUAUUUAUGGAAUGGUUGUUCAAUUUUGACACCAUAAAACUGCCUGAGAAUUGUUCCUGUCACAAAGUGAUGUAGGUGCUGUACCUCACAUGGAAAUCAGCCAAUGCACUUGAACUCUCUUUCUUAAAUGUUAAGAAUAACUGAAAGCAACGUUCCCCUCAGAUUUUGCUGUUGGAAUUCCUUGAAUAAAAAUGGCUAUUUUUGUGUUUUUCACACUGUGGUCAUUAAGAAUCAAUUUAUUGUUAUCAUUCAUAAAUUGUGGAAUGCUUUAAACACUUUUAAGAAGACUGCCAGUCGUUCCACUUUGUUUCAGGGCACAAAUAAUGUUUAGUAACUAAUCUUGUGCUCUUAGUGGAUGAUUAAUAUGUUACUUUUGAGACAUUUUAGACUUUGUAGGCCUCUCUGUUUAACAUUAUGUGAACUUUUGAUUUCUUUCUGAUGUAAAUGACUUACUUAUCUUGCUUCAUGGAAUAAGACAGUUGGUCGCAAUUUCUGACAUCUGUAAAAUUUGCAUGCCAAUAAAGAGUUCUUGAAAUGGU